AGUCGAUAUCAAUGUCCAAAUCGCCGUCCUCGGCGAUGCCUCAUUGUUUUAUCUGAUCCCUCGAUCGUAGCGCCUACCGAUGGACAGGCUUCUAUGCCCGCACGCUCCAAACGUUAGGUGCUCGUGUAACGCCUCUAACGUUUCCAAAAUAGGCCUUAGAUCACAAUGCAGUGGUCUGGUCAUAGCAUCGUGUUCUGUUAUAUGACAUUUGACAAGGUUAAUUAUUGUAAGCAAGUACUCCUCCGACUGUCAGAUUGCCAACCGUAGCAUAGUACUCGUCAAUUCUUCCCUUUCGAUCUACAUGGCACUUCAGACAUCCAUCCUUCUGGAAGCCUUACUCUACAGUCAUAAUAUAUAUCUUUUGAGUGUCGUAUUGAGCGUUGGUACUGCCCCGUUACUAGAGGUCCACUUCAUCGCGACAUUAAUCUCUAUGAGACGUCUACAGAUUCCUGCUCAUCUUCCCGAGGUUUUGCAGCUCGCUAUUAACUACAUCCCGCUAUGUGCUUCAGUGAUCCUGCGACAAUGUUGAGAAUCGCUAACAAACGAGCAAAUGUUUCGGCAAGAUCGCUGCGGAACAGUCCGUCCUCAUGUCAGAGAAUAAGUCAUUGACGGUUGGGCA